AUUUAUUGCUCCCCGGUUUUCACAAAGGCUCGCUCCACGGCAGAAAUAUCCCGCCCAAUCAUCUAGGAACGGGCCUAAACUUGCAGAUCGGGGUCUACGAGGUCAGAGGUGACAAUCGGUCAUUGCCCCCGUUGGAGGUCGAGGAAAAAGAAAUGGUCCGGCGUCGUCUUCCUGAGGGAGGAAUAAAACCCACGCCCCUCCUCGCGUGCUGGGACACAUAUAAAACUUCAAGACUUGAACAUCUGAGCAGACAGAUGAUCUGACCGUUUCCUUGUACUUUUAUUUAUAAGCCGAGACCUUGACAAACCAAGACCUUGAACAUUGAUCGCGCCGGCGGCGAUCAACAAGCACCUUAGUCUCCCGUAUCCGCUCCAUUCUCUCCCCAUAACCCCCAACCCAUCCGUAUAAAUGGGCCACUCGAACUCCUUGUCCCUCGACCGAGCCGGUCUCGAGUCAGGCAGCCAAAGCGCAAAACGCCAAAAGCUGACGCCGCCGACCGAACAGGGCGAGAACGGCAGCGGCAGCAGCACCACCACCACCACCACCACCACCACUAACGGCGCCGCGGCGGCGGCGGCCGCCGCCUCCACCGACGGGAACAUGCCUCUCCGGGGCAAGGUAUUCACCAUCACGGGCGGGGCGAGCGGGAUCGGGCUGGCGACGGCCAAGGUGCUAUCGCGGCGGGGCGCGGCUGUGGCCAUCGCCGACGUGGACCCGGAGGCGAUGAAGGGGGCCGACGCGUACUUCUCGGGCCUGGGGGUGCCGUACUCGAUCACGAGGGUGGACGUGUCGCGGCGGGCCGAAGUGGACGGCUGGAUCGGCGGCGUCGUGGAAAGGUUCGGCCGGCUCGACGGCGCCGCCAACGUGGCGGGCGUCAUCGGCAGGUCGCAUGGCACGGCGUCAGUCGCCGAGCUGGACGACGCAGACUGGGACAGGAUCAUCGCCGUCAACCUGACGGGGAUGAUGUACUGCCUGCGGGCGCAGCUGAGGAAGGUCGUCGAUGGGGGAUCGAUCGUGAAUACUUCCUCGAUUCACGGGUUGAAAGGGUUCGCAAACCACAGUGCCUACGAUGCGAGCAAGCACGGGGUGAUCGGCCUCACCAAGGCAGCCGCCCUGGAGAAUGGGGCCCGGGAGGUACGCGUCAAUGCCGUUGCCCCUGGCGCCAUCUACACGCCGUUGAUGCAGAAGAACUGGGACCUUGUCGGCCGGCCCGCGGACGCGCCCUUCAAUGACCCCAGCGCGUUCCAGAGACAAGGAACGGCGGAGGAGGCGGCUAAUGUCAUCGCCUUCUUGCUCGGCCCGGAAAGCACGUUUGUGAGCGGGAGCGUCUACGCCAUCGACGGGGCCUGGGUAUAAUGGCGUCCCUGCGGUCGGGUCAGGGGCGGAUUUGAUAAGAACACUGGUUGGGUUGGGUUGAGUUGGAGAGUUAGAGCUCUGCAUCCACGGCACAUGGCAUUUGAUAAUCCGGCAGAGCG